GGCUUUCAGAGCAAGACAAAUUCCUCUUGAUUUUAUUUUAAAAUGGAGAAAUAUGAGAGCCUAGGUCUGCUUGGUGAGGGCAGCUACACAGCAGUGAUGAAGUGUAGGAAUAAAGACAAUGGAAGGAUAGUGGCCAUUAAGAAGUUCCUGGAGAGUGAAGAUAACAAAAUAGUUAAAAAAAUUGUCACCCGAGAAAUCAAGCUAUUGAAGCAAUUGAGGCAUGAGAAUUUGGUGAAUCUCCUGGAAGUGUAUAAUAAGAAGAAACGAUGGUACCUGGUAUUUGAAUUUGUGGACCACACUGAUGACUUGGACCUCUUUCCAGAUGGACUGGAGUACCAGAGAGUUCAAAAGCAUUUGUUUCAGAUUAUUAAAGGAAUCGAAUUUUGUCAUCAUCAUGAUAUUAUACACAGAGAUAUAAAGCCAGAGAACACACUGAUCUCCAAGUCUGGAAUAGUGAAGCUGUGUGACUUUGGAUUUGCUCGCAUGUUGGGAGUCCCCGGGGAAGUGUACACUGAUUAUGCGGCCACUCGUCGGUACAGAGCUCCAGAGCUUUUGGAUGGAGACAUAAAGUAUGGCAAAUAAGAAAUCACGAAGGCUAUAGAUAUAUGGGCUAUUUGUUGUUUGUUGAUUGAAAUGUUCACGGGGAGACCCCUUUUUCCUGGGGAUUCUGAUAUUGAUCAGCUAUACCAUAUUGUGAAAUGUUUGGGUAAUUUAAUUCCAAGACAUCAGGAGCUGUUCUAUGAGAACCCAGUCUUUGCCAGUAUGAAAUUGCCUGAAGCUGAAGAAGCCAAUUCUCUUGAAAGCUGCUGUCCAAAGCUCCCUCCAGUUGUGAUAGAUAUGGCAAAGAAAUGUUUACAGAUUGAUCCCAACCAAAGGCCCUUCUGUGAUGAGCUCGUGCACCAUGACUUCUUUAACCAAGAUGGAUUUGCUGAGAGGUUUUCUCAGGCGCUAAAAUUAAAGAUACAGAAAGAUGCCAAAGAACUUUCUUCAAUAAAAAUAUCUAAAGUCAGUAAAAAGGAAAAUGAUUCUUCAGGUGAAGAAAGAAAAACACUUGUUAUACAAGAUGUCAAUGCUAAUUCUAAAACUAGGGAUUCUAAAGUGAUCAAAAUGAAGCCACCAAAAGCCAAUAAUAAGAAGCUUGAAAAACCCAGCCAAACCUCUCUUCUUGGCUGUUUCCCAGACAGUGGAAUGAGUCAGAUCAGAACAGUUUAUCCAGCCACCUUGGGAGUCCCCAGAAGCAUCAGUGUGGAUUGCACAAAGAAUCUCAGCAUGGUGAUUCCUCCAAUUACACACAGUAUUUCCAGCAUUGUUUGCAUUGUAAAUUCAGGAGUGGGGCCUGUUCUAGGAGGUCACACUUACAGGGUGGAUGACAAGUCUAAAAAGAACUAUAUUCUAUUUGUUAAGCUGGGUAGCCAUUAUAAUGCUAACCUGAUCACACUGGUCUCUAAUGACAAGAACAUUCUUCAGGCAAACCAGAAAAGAUUUCAACCAAGACAAGAGGUUCAUUUGCCUGAACUAAAUUAUAAUCACUUCCCUGAAGUCGGAGGAAUUGAAGGUAUAGGUACCAGGGUCCUCCCUGAAAGCACCUCCAGAGGCCAGCUUCCCUCAUGUGGAACACCCAAACUGAGGAAAGCUGAAGGCCUACAUCACAAUUGUACUCCAAAAUCUAGGAUGACAAACUCCAGGAAUCAGAUUAUUGAUAUUCUGGGAGAAGAGCAAAACAGGGUGAAAUAUGUCCCAUUGAAUUGCCUUGUUAUUCCUGAGAGCAAUGCUGUGGAAAUGAAAGGGGAACAAAAGGACAGUGGUUUUCCAUUGUAUUUAAGACAGAUUCAGCAUUUUCUCACCAUCGUGGCAUUACCCCUUCCGCCUUGGUAA